GAGCUGUUAACUGAUCAGGAAGAGGAUCAUUCUGUAGCAGUACAGGGAUUCCCAGAUCCAGUCUUCUAAUUUUUCUGCAAAUACCUGCUAAGGGAUCCCGUCUAUAUUACCAGGAUGGCUCAGUGGCAUGAGCUGCAGCAAAUCGACUCCAAAUUCCAGGAACUUGUCCACCAGCUGUAUGAUGAUAGCUUUCCCAUGGAAAUCCGCCAGUGUCUGGCGCAGUGGUUGGAAGGACAAGACUGGGAAUUGGCUGCAUCCAACAUUUCGCAUGCAACCAUAUUGUUCCACGGCCUACUCUCUCAGCUGGAUGACCAGUACAGUCGAUUUGCUUUGGAUUCUAACUUUCUGAUGCAACAUAAUAUUAGAAAAAGCAAACGCAACUUGCAGGAUCACUUUCAAGAAGAUCCUGUACAAAUGGCAAUGAUUAUAUCUAACUGCAUAAAAGAAGAACGUAAAAUAUUGGAAAGUGCAUAUAUUUAUAAUAAGAAUCAGAUGGGAAGUACUCAGAAUAAUGUGAUGAUUGACAAGCAGAGGGAACUAGACAGAAAAGUAACGGAAGUGCGGAACAAAGCAGUUGAAAUAGAACAAGAGGUCAAAAGCCUAGAGGACUUUCAGGAUGAAUAUGACUUUAAAUGCAAAACUGUGCAAAACAGAGAAAAUGAGCACAAUGGUUUGGCACAGAAUGAACUAAAAAAAGAAAAAAUUAUUCUACAAAACAUGUUUGUAGCCCAGGAUUUAAAAAGGAAGACGAUUCUUCACAAAAUUUUAGACCUCCUGAAUGAGACAGAACAAACAUUAAAUGGACUUAUCAAUGAUGAACUUGUUGAAUGGAAACAAAGGCAACAGAUAGCCUGUAUAGGAGGACCACCUAACGCUUGUCUUGAUCAGCUGCAGAUCUGGUUUACCAAUAUUGCUAAAAGCUUACAGCAGAUCCUCCAACAGCUGAAGAAACUUGAGGAACUAGAACAGAAGUACACAUAUGAAAAUGAUCCCAUCACGGUUAACAAACAGGUCCUACAAGAACGGACACAGGGUCUGUUUAAAUUGCUAAUACAAAGUUCUUUCGUGGUUGAAAGACAACCCUGUAUGCCCACUCACCCUCAGAGGCCUUUGGUUCUGAAGACUGGGGUCCAGUUUACUGUGAAGCUCAGACUUUUAGUAAAACUGCAGGAGUUCAACUAUCAAUUGAAAGUCAAAGCUUUAUUUGAUAAAGAUGUGAAUGAAAAGAACACAGUUAAAGGAUUCCGUAAAUUUAAUAUUUUAGGAACAAACACAAAAGUAAUGAACAUGGAAGAAUCCACAAAUGGAUGUUUAGCUGCAGAAUUCAGGCAUCUGCAACUAAAGGAGCAGAAAAAUGCAGGGAACAGAACUAAUGAGGGGCCACUGAUUGUUACAGAGGAACUUCACUCCUUGAGCUUUGAGACACAGCUCUGCCAGCCUGGGCUAGUAGUAGAUUUAGAGACAGCCUCACUCCCUAUUGUGGUUAUAUCUAAUGUCAGCCAACUGCCAAGUGGGUGGGCCUCCAUGCUGUGGUAUAACAUGCUGACGUCUGAAACAAAGAAUCUUUCCUUCUUCCUGAAUCCUCCAGCAGCCAGAUGGUGUCAACUGUCAGAAGUCUUGACGUGGCAGUUCUCCUCUGUAACCAAAAGAGGCCUCAAUCAAGAUCAGCUGAGCAUGCUGGGAGAAAAGUUAUUAGGACCCAACAGUACUGAUGAUCUUAUUCCAUGGACAAGAUUCUGCAAGGAAAAUAUUGGUGAAAAGAAUUUUCCUUUCUGGCUAUGGAUUGAGGGUAUACUAGAACUGAUUAAAAAACAUCUUCUGUGCCUAUGGAAUGAUGGAUGCAUUGUGGGCUUCAUAAGCAAAGAAAGAGAAAGAGCCCUCCUUAAAGAAAAGAAUCCCGGGACAUUUUUAUUACGAUUUAGUGAAAGUAGCAAAGAGGGGGCUAUCACCUUUACCUGGGUGGAAAGAGCACAACAUGAACCCGUGUUUCAUUCAGUGGAGCCUUACACAAAAAGAGAACUUUCUGCAGUGACUUUUCCAGAUAUUAUUCGCAACUAUAAAGUAAUGGCUGCUGAAAAUAUUCCUGAAAACCCACUGAGGUUCCUGUAUCCAGACACACCAAAAGAUAUGGCCUUUGGAAAAUAUUACUCUAGACCAAAAGAAGCACCAGAACCUAUGGAUCUUGAUGGACCUAAAGGAACAGGAUACAUCAAAACUGAAUUAAUUUCAGUGUCUGAAGUACAUCCGUCCAGACUUCAGACAACGGACAACCUGCUGCCAAUGUCUCCGGAGGAGUAUGAUGAGGUGGCAAGAUUAGUGGGGCCUUCUGAUAUUGACUCUAUGAUGAACUCCUGCUGAACAUGCCUAUAUAUUCAUGUUUAAUGGAAGAUUUCUCAACAAUGUUUUACAUAAUAGCUCAUUAACUAUAUUUUGGAGUAGUGGUACUUGUAUGGUCCAGAAUUCACGAUAUAGAAGAUGACCAUCUAUAGUUGAAGUCUGAAUCAUAUUCUAGAAACUGUGGUAGCUUUUUUUUUUGUAUUAUAAAGUUAAUAAUGAGGCAUCAACUACACUCACUAAGCACUGUGUAGCAUCAUACUUUAUGUUUCACUGUCACGUUAUCAGUACAAAAUACUGGUAACACAAAUCCCUGUAAACAUAUAAGAAAUAUAUUGCCAAUAGUCUGUGGCAUAGAAUUGUAAAAAAAUGUUGUUUUAUAAGUUUAUGUACAAUACAUGUCACCAGUUUGGAGUAGUUAUAAUCCCUUUCAAACAUGAAUAUGACUUAGAUGUUGGAAAACCAGCAAAUUAAGGUAACAAUCUAUAAAAAAGUAAUACAAAUUUUUAGAAGUUUGUUUUAGCUCUUUUAUUCUGAAUUUCACAAUAUAUGGUUAGCGUGUAGGAAAUUUUUAAAAGUAUUGUUUACCCAUUUCCUUUUACUUAAAGGGAACAAGUCAAAAUUAAACGGUCAUGGUUCAGAUAGAACAUUAUCAAAAUGUGCACCAUCUUUUUAUAUGCACACUUUCUGAGGCACCAGAUACUACUGAGCAUGUGUAAGAGUUAACAUUUAUAUAUGUAUAUGCAUUUGAGAUUGGCUGAUGGCUGUCACAUGAAACAUGGAGAGGGGAAAAUGGAAGAAACUAUGACAUUACUCAGGAAAAAAAACAACUAGUGAAUAAUCUACUUCUUUAAAAUUCAUAGUAUGUGUUAUUGCAUUGGCUUUUAUUAUGCAAUUCUACUUUAUUUAAGGGUCCUUUAAAAGUUCAAAUUUGGUAUUGAGACUUUCAAACCUGACCAGGAAGGGGGCAACUUAAAUUCCCCACAAAAUGUUUCUGCAUUAUUUUGUUACGUUUUCCUGUAAUUAAACUCUGAAAUAGUUUUUUUCCCCAAUUCUCAUGAUUGGUUGAAGUGCAUACUACAGGAGGUGGAACCUUGAUUUAUUAACUUGAUCAGUUUAGUAACUCAAAAUGUCAGGUUAAAUACUUGUAAAAUCUUUACUUUGCAUGCAGGGAAUAAUUGGUGACAUAUGCUAUGCAUAUAUAAUAAUUGAGCCCCUUAAAUAUAAAAAGAUUAUCACACUGGGUUGUUGAUAUGUGUCUUACGGAAACCCUAGAGCAUUGACAAGAUUGUAUGGUACCAGUCAUUAUAAUCUUGUCUGACUGUCUGUCCAUCUCUCUACCAAUCAGACUGUCUCUCCAUCAGUAGUCAGUCUGUCAGCAACAGUCAGUGUGAGCUUGUUGCAAUUUCUUUAGUUGUAUUUAUUUUAUUUUUAAUUGUCUCAUUUUCUCUACUAUGUGCUAAAGUAUCUGUGAUAUAUUUAUACAGGUCAGCAUUGGAAAGUAGGGAAAAAUAGAUUUCGACAUGGCAGCACCCAUGACUGGAGGGAGGCGGGGAAUAACCUCAAUGCUAUGCUUAUAAAACGUAUUUAGUGCUCAAUGUCCCUUUAAGACAUACUUGAGAUUAGGGUUGCAAGGUAUCUAAUAUUUAAAAGCAGCCAUAGUAAGAUAUUUUAACUGCACGUCUAGGGGAAUAUGAAAAAAGGGUCACUGAACUAAUUGGAUCUAAUCUGAGUUCUGAUGUUCAGCUAUAGUUAAGGGGCUUCAAGGCUAUUAGUGUGAUCUGAGGACUUAUGCGGGUAUACAGCUAACAUGGGCUAUCGGUCUGAUAUAGGCAUAUAAUUGACAGGGGUUGGAGAAAAUAAGGUUUUAUCUAAGCUUUGAUUAUAAAAUAACCUUCCCUUUUCCCCAUUCUCCUGGAUUUGUGGUAAAACUUACUGCUUAGUGGUUUUAUUUCCCAACAUGUAGCACAUGGGUUAGGGUGUUGUAAAGGAAGGAAAUGGUUAAUACCGCUUGUAUCCUAUUUUUGCAGUUACGUUUUGUUACUUGAUGUGAAAUUAAGCUCUUUCCUGACUGUGUUGGAAAUCAUCAUUUCACACCCUUCCUGUUUAACAGUACUGUUUACAGUUUAAUAUAUUAUUAAAAAUACUGGUUAAAGGGUUUUGAAAAAACUAUGAUAGAACAGAGGCUUCACAUGGGUAAAAAAAAGUAUGAAUGAAAAGCUUUUGUUUUUAAUGAUUUAUUUGGUAUUGCCUUGACAAGUGCAUAUGUUCUGUGACUUUUAGUGGAAAAUGAACUAACGUAGCCUAGCAGAUCUACGCUUUAUUCAUUUUAGAAUUUUAUUUAAGAUAAACACUUGGGUUUAUAAUUGUUUUAAAAGGGAAGCUGCAUUUGGAUGAUCUAUUUUUUUUUUUUUUUUUUAAAGUUUUGGUCUGAAAAUAUAUUUUUAGAAAUUUUGUUAAUCAAAGCAAAAUAUAUGAUUCUGUAUCCAUAGACUUGAGAUGUAGCAUCAUCUAUCUCACACAAAUCUUGCACAUUUGCUUGCGUGUGUCACAAACACAUACAGAAAGUUACCCCAUAGAGGACAGGAACUUAAAGGAGGAGAUAUCUCUACCACAAGAUCUCCACUGUACAGAUGAGGUCCGAUUGCCCCUCUUGAGCUGUGUGUUGUAAAUUGUGGGGGGUAGAGCUAUAAUAGUCAGAUGGUGAACCAAAGUACACUAUAGGCACUGAACUUAAUGUUGUUAUCCCAUAAGGCACAGCAGAAUGCGGUCAUAGUUUAGACACAAAUAAAGUAUGGAAAAGUAAAGGGUCACAUAACAGCUCUACAGGGCAGCAUUGUGAGCAACCAUAGGAUAAAGUGAAAUAGUUUUACUACAUUUUGAAUUGUGUGCCAGGAGAAUUGCUUUAAAAUUAGUACAGAGCUCUGGCUUUUCCAACAGAACACUGACACUCUGCCCCAUUCUUCCCUGUAAAUAGGAUUUGUUGCAGGUGGUGUUAGUGUGAGAUCACUUUUCAUAUUAUGGGGCAUAUUUAACAAUGUACGAGCGGACAUGAUACGAAGUAGCCUAUUAUGUCGGCCGCACAUCGAUAAAUGCCGACAGCAUACGCUGUCGGCAUUUAUCAUUGCACAAGCAGUUCUUGUGAACUGCUGGUGCAGUGCCGCCCCCUGCAGAUUUGCGCAGGGGGUGUUAAUCAACCCGAUCGUAUUCGAUCGGGUUGAUUUCUUUCCACGGCCUCAGAGCAGGCGGACAAGUUAUGGAGCAGCGAUCUUUACACCGCUGCUUCAUAACUUCUGUUUCCAGCGAGCCUGAAGGUUCGCUGGAAAUAAGGGGCAUCAAGCUCCAUACAGCGCUUGAUAAAUAUCCCCAUAUGUCGUCAAUAGCCAAAUGACAUUUACUUGUAAUUCCUAUUACUAACCUUCAUGAUGUGCCAAGGAGACAUUUUGGCUUUCACAUAGGUCAGAGUUCUGAUAUUGCUUUGGUCUUUUAGUAUGCACUUCGCUGAACAAAAAAACAUAAUACCUAAUUCUGCAACAGUUAUGGUAUUGUAAUAACAUAGGAAUAUAAAUCCCUGCAUGUUUCUUUUCUCAUAAAAUACUUUUCAAAUAUCUAACAAUGCACUUUUUAUGUACCACUUGAAAUAUUAUUAGCAUUUAGCAGAAUUUUGUGAGGACAGAGGUUUUUCUUUUGUAAAUAAAAAUAUUACUAUGCUGUUAAGCAUUUUGUAGGUUUUAGCUAUAUGUUCGUCUAAGCAAAAGCAACAUAUUUGGAAAACAAAAAUAUAAUAGUAUCUUAUGUAUUCUAUAUAUUUUUUCUGACAGCAGAUUUACAUACAAUAAAAAAAAUCAUAAUCAUUACUGCUUUAUUUUGCAUGAAUAAAUAAGAGAUAGGAAAUAAAAAUCUACCACCCGUUAAUGCAUUAGUAGUUUUAAUGAAUAUCUUCAAACAGCUUGUAUCCAAUACAUUAGUCAAUUGUUAAUUAAAGUUAGCAUUUUAAUCAAACAAACAUUAUUACCAAAUGCUAUUUAGUACAAUAAUUGUUCUUGUGUUUAUAUCUUCUCAGCAACAAAAAAUAUUUUAAUCUAUAGCAGGAGUCAGCAGAAAAAAUAUUGAGAAAUUAGCACUGGACAAUAUUUUUGGCAUGUGUGUAUAUAAAGAGAGAAUAAUCAAGUAUUUAGGAGUCAUAAGCAAAUGAUCUGAUUUUAUGAGCAAUUUAUACUCCAGCUACCGAGGAAAUUAUCACAGUGAAGCAAAAAAAUAACAUAAAAAAAACACUCAACCAUGCAAUUUCUUAUUUCUAUUUUUAUUGGCCAAAGGGACAUCCAAUAUUAAGAACAUUUUUGAAGUAAUGCAGAUCCGAUGGGCAAUUAUUGACAAUAACAAUGUUGAGUUGUGAAAUCUGUCUUUAUUUUUCUUAUAUUACCUUUAACAGUAGUAUCCAGCUAGUGGCAAAUGCUGCCCCUAUUGCAGCUGUUUAUAAUUUAACAGGUCAUGAAACCCCCAAUUUUUCUUUAAUGAUUCUGAUAGAACAUAUCAUUUUAAACAACUUUCCAAUUUACUUUAAUUACUUGAUUAUCAAACGUGCUUUAUUAUCUUGUUAUCCUUUGCGGAAGGAGCAGCAAUGCAAUACUGGGAUCUAGCUGAACACAUUUAGUGAGCCAAUCAUAAAAGAUAAAUGUGUGCAGGUACCAAUCACCAGCUAGAUCCCAGCAGUGUAGGAUAUGUACAUAUUCUUUUGCAUCAACAGAUACCAAAAAAAUAAAGUACAUUUGAAAAUAAAAAUAAUGUUACCUGCUCUAUCAUGCAACUUCAGGGUUGACUUUCCUAUCCAUUUAAAUGUAAAGCAAGCGGUUUCACCAAUUGGAAGGUGACAGAUCACCUAAGCUUUGUUCCAUAGCUCGCUCUUUGUUAUGAAGCUGCAGUGCAUACACAGUAGCUUCAUUCAAGCUGUCACAGUGCAUAGCAAUGCCUAUGAUUUAAAGGGACAGACUACUUCAGAAUUUGUAUUGUUUAAAAAUAAUCCCUUUACUACCCAUUCACCAGUUUUGCAUAACCAACAGUUAUAUUAAUAUUGUUUCACCUCUGUGAUUACCUUCUAUCUAAGCCUCUGCGGACUGCCCCCUUUUAUCCAAGUGCUUCAUACAGACUUGCAUUUUAGUGAGUGUUGACUCAUAAAUAACUCCACAGGAGUGAGCACAAUGUUAUCUAUAUGGCACACAUGAACUAACGCUGUGUAGCUGUAAAAAAACUCAAUAUGCACUCAGAUUAGAGGCGGCCUUUAAGGGAUUAGAAAUGAGCAUAUGAGCCUACCUAGGUUUAGCUUUCAACAAAGAAUAACAAGAGAACAAAGAAAAUGUUAUCAUAAAAGUACACUGAAAAGUUGUUUAAAAUUGCAUUCCCUUUUUGAAUAAUGAAAGUUUAAUUUUGACUAGACUGUCCCUUUAAACAAGCAUGUUAUAAAAUAUAUUAAAGUAGGCAUUUGAGUUUAAACUUUUGUAAUUUGUAUUUACCUGUGAUAACAUCAAGUUAAAACGUUCUGUAAUACAUUUUACAAAUGCUUGUUGAAGAGCUGCAAAAAGACACUUCUCUAAUAAUGAAAACAGUCAAUUGAUAGGCCUUGGGCAUAGUGACUGUUUACACUCCAGUAUCCCAUGACAACUUCAGUCUCCGUGAGAAAUCAUUUCUUUCAUGUAAUUAGCAAGAGUCCAUGAGCUAGUGACGUAUGGGAUAUACAUUCCUACCAGGAGGGGCAAAGUUUCCCAAACCUCAAAAUGCCUAUAAAUACACCCCUCACCACACCCACAAAUCAGUUUUACAAACUUUGCCUCCUGUGGAGGUGGUGAAGUAAGUUUGUGCUAGAUUCUACGUUGAUAUGCGCUCCGCAGCAGGUUGGAGCCCGGUUUUCCUCUCAGUGUGCAGUGAAUGUCAGAGGGAUGUGAAGAGAGUAUUGCCUAUUUGAAUUCAAUUAUCUCCUUCUACGGGGUCUAUUUCAUAGGUUCUCUGUUAUCGGUCGUAAAGAUUCAUCUCUUACCUCCCUUUUCAGAUCGACGAUAUACUCUUAUAUAUACCAUUACCUCUACUGAUUCUCGUUUCAGUACUGGUUUGGCUUUCUACUACAUGUAGAUGAGUGUCCUGGGGUAAGUAAGUCUUAUUUUCUGUGACACUCUAAGCUAUGGUUGGGCACUUUUAUAUAAAGUUCUAAAUAUAUGUGUUUAAACAUUUAUUUGCCUUGAUUCAGGAUGUUCAACGUUCCUUAUUUUCAGACAGUCAGUUUCAUAUUUGGGAUAAUGCAUAUGAAUAAUUAAAUUUUUUCUUACCUUAAAAUUUGACUUUUUUCCCUGUGGGCUGUUAGGCUCGCGGGGGCUGAAAAUGCUUCAUUUUAUUGCGUCAUUCUUGGCGCAAAAAUUUUCUCAUUUCCGGCGUCAUACAUGUCGCCGGAAGUUGCGUCAUUUUUUUUUGACGUUUUUGCGCCAAAAAAUGUCGGCGUUACCGGAUGUAGUGCCAUUUUUGGCGCCAAAAGCAUUUAGGCGCCAAAUAAUGUGGGCGGCUUUUUUGGCGCUAAAAAAUUUGAGCGUCAUUGUUGUCUCCACAAUAUUUAAGUCUCAUUAUUUAUUGCUUCUGGUUGCUAGAAGCUUGUUCAUUGGCAUUUUUUUCCCAUUCCUGAAACUGUCAUUUAAGGAAUUUGAUCAAUUUUGCUUUAUAUGUUGUUUUUUCUAUUACAUAUUGCAAGAUGUCUCAGAUUGACUCUGAAUCAGAAGCCACUUCUGGAAAAACGCUUAACUGAGUUUCAGUUCUACCAAAGCUAAGUUCAUUUAUUUUAAAUGUUAUAAAUGUUUAUCUUUAGCUAUGGUUUGUAAUAAGUUAUUAUGUUAUACUUUUACAUGCGGAAUCCAUUAGUAUUUAUGCUUUAUAUAUUUCCUUUCUUACAAGAAAUAUUUAGAAGAUUUAUAAGAAAUAUUUUUCUGAUUCUAUUUUAAAGGCUUUGUCUGACUUCGUGCCUUCUAAUAAAAUUUUUAGGUCUUUUUUCACUUCUUUUUUAAUUAUUGAAGUUUCAAGUGACCAACAACAUACUGAUUUAUCCUUCUCUGAUGAUGUUUUUUUCUCUUUCAGAAAUUUUCUUCAUCAGAUAUUGACACUAACAAAUCUACUUUUUUUAUUAUUUUUCUAUUAUUAAAGUACAUUUGUUCUUUGUUGAAAAGGUGUUGAUUAUUUUGGAUAUUAAGGCAACUAGUUCUUUAAGACUAGCUGACAUUAUUUCUGCCUAUUUAUUUCUUCUGUGUUUUCAGAGGUUUUCUUUCCAAUUCCCCAUACUAGGGAAUGGAAUAGGCUGAGAAUUUUCUUUUCUUUCCUCUUCAAAGGUUUUAAACUAUAUUCUUUGCCAGCAGUUAAACUCAAUUUGGAGGGUUCUCCAAUUUAUUGGGGCUAUCUCUAAUUCUACUAAUUAUGCUAUUGUUUCUAUAGCAAAAUAGUAUUUAUUUUCCUUUAGAUAGUUGUAUCUUAUUUAUGGAAAAUUAUUUAGUUUCAGGUACUUUUCUUGGUCCUGUGAUUUAUUUGGAUAUUGCAAUUGCUUCAUUUUCUCUGUUUACUUUAAGAUCAAGUAUCAGAUUAUGAUUUAUUUUAGCAUUGUUAAAGGGACAACAUUUACUAGACUAGGUGCUGUUGCAUUUGUCUUGUUGUUUUGCAUUUAUUGAUUAUGCAAGUCCACUGUAUUGGCUGGUCCUUUAAAUUGGACUAUCAUGCUAAUAAUUUCAUUUGUGUCUUCAUUUUAUUGAAUAUUUUCGCAAAUGAGGGUUAAUCUAUGUCUUUAGCUUUUUUAGCUAGAAGAAUUUUGUGAUUUUUAAAAAAAUAAAUAAAAAAUAAAUAAAUCCAUAUUUCUUUUGUUCUAAGAUAAUCAAUUAUUUGUUUUAUAAUUGGAUUCAAUUCUUAACUGUUACUCUGGGCUUCAAGAUUGAGUUCUAAGACUAAAACUUUAAGCUUAUACUGGUUUGGUUGUUCUUAUUAAGGAACGAAUUCCUGAGUUCUUUCCCAAGUAACAUGUCUAUAAUUGGAGUUCGAAAUCAGCUCCCUAAUAUUGCGAUGUACGUGCCGUAUUCCAGCUUGGCUGGUAAGGGGCAGGUUAAGGCUUCUUUGAAAUUUAUUUUGUCCAAAUUUCUUUGAUUUUAUUCCAGUAAGGCUAACACUUUCUUUAACUGUGUUUCUGUCCUAUAUAUUUUGGGUACUGUUGAAGCAUGGCUGGGCACCCAUGGGGUUCAAGCGCUGCUCAGACCUGGAAUCUUCUGGGGUAUUUCUUCCAGUUCCUUUUGAGGAACUGGGUUUUGGAGUUUUAUUCAAACUAUUUUGCCUUUUUAUGGUCAUUGAUAGCAUUAUUUGUUUUCAUUAGAUACAAUAAAUGCAUAUUUUCAUUUUUCUGUUUUCAUUCAAAUUAUUUUCUGAGGAUGCGGAAUCUCAUAUGAUUUACUUGCUCUUCAGGACAUAGUUAGAGGAUCUUUUUUUCAAAAGUUCUUGAUUCCUCACACAAGGGUCACCUUUUUUAGGUUUCCAGAUAGUUUGUGUCACUGUCCUUGUCUCUAUCAGACAAGGGAUAAUUUUAUUGGGUUCCGUCUAUCGGUUCCUUUAGUCUCUAUUAUUUCCUUCAGUUGCUAUAUAUUCAUAGAAGUUUUAGGUCUUAUGGCCACAGCAUUGGAUUCAAUUCCCUUUGCUCAUUUUCACUAGAAAGAACCUUUCCAGUCUUUUAUAAGUGUUGUUUCUUCAAGAACAUGGUUGGAGGAUCAAUUUACCAAAAAGUUUGUUUGAUUCCUCAGACAAGGGUAACCUUUUUAGGUUUCCUGAUAGAUUCAGUGUCCUUGAUUCUGUCUCUGACGGACAAGAGGCGUCUGAAAUUGGUUUCAGCUUGUCGAAACCUUCAGUCUCAAUCUUUCCCUUCGGUAGCCUUAUGCAUGGAAAUUCUAAGUCUUAUGACUGCUGCAUUGGACGCGAUCCCCUUUGCUCGUUUUCACAUGCGACCUCUUCAGCUCUGUAUGCUGAACCAGUGGUGCAGGGAUUAUACAAAGAUAUCUCAAUUAAUAUCUUUAAAACCGAUUGUUCGGCACUCUCUGACGUGGUGGACAGACCGCCAUCGUUUAGUUCAGGGGGCUUCUUUUGUUCUUCCAACCUAGACUGUGAUCUCAACAGAUGCAAGUCUGACAGGUUGGGGAGCUGUAUGGGGGUUUAUGACAACACAAGGGGUUUGGGAAUCUCAGGAGGCGAGAUUACCAAUCAACAUUUUGGAACUCUGUGCAAUUUUCAGAGCUCUUCAGUCGUGGCCUCUUCUAAAGAGAGAGUCGUUCAUUUGUUUCCAGACGGACAAUGUCACAACUGUGGCAUAUGUCAAUCAUCAAGGAGGAACUCACAGUCCUCUGACUAUGAAAGAAGUCUCUCAAAUACUUGUAUGGGCGGAAUCCAGCUCCUGUCUAAUUUCUGCGGUUCAUAUCCCAGGUAUAGACAAUUGGGAAGCGGAUUAUCUCAGUCGCCAAACGCUACAUCCGGGCGAAUGGUUUCUUCACCCAGAGGUAUUUCUUCAGAUUGUUCAAAUAUGGGGACUUCCAGAAAUAGAUCUGAUGGCUUCUCAUCUAAACAAGAAGCUUCCCAGGUAUCUGUCCAGAUCCAGGGAUCCUCAGGCGGAAGCAGUGGAUGCAUUGUCACUUCCUUGGAAGUAUCAUCCUGCUUAUAUCUUUCCGCCUCUAGUUCUUUUUCCAAGAUUCUAAAGGAGCGUUCGUUUAUUCUGCUGAUGGCUCCAGCAUGGCCUCUCAGGUUUUGGUAUGCGGAUCUUGUCCGGAUGGCCACUUGCCAACCGUGGACUCUUCCGUUAAGACCAGACCUUCUAUCGCAAGGUCCUUUUUCCAUCAGGUUUCUCAAAUCCUUAAAUUUGAAGGUAUGGAGAUUGAACACUUGAUUCUCAGUCAUAGAGGUUUCUCUGACUCUGUGAUUAAUACUAUGUUACAGGCUCGUAAAACUGUAUCUAGGAAGAUAUAUUAUCGAGUCUGGAAGAUUUACAUUUCUUGGUGUUUUUCUCAUCAUUUUUUCUUGGCAUUCUUUUAGAAUUCCUAGAAUUUUACAGUUUCUUCAGGGUGGUUUGGAUAAGGUUUGUCUGCAAGUUCCUUGAAAAUUCAAAUCUCUGCUCUUUCUGUUCUUUUUCACAGAAAGAUUGCUAGUCUUCCUGAUAUUCAUUGUUUGUACAAGCUUUGGCUCGUAUAAAACCUGUUAUUAAGUCAAUUUCUCCUCCUUGGAGUUUGAAUUUGGCUCUGGGGGCUCUUCAAGCUCCUCCGUUUGAACCUAUGCAUUCGCUGGACAUUAAAUUACUUUCUUGGAAAGUUUUGUUUCUUUUGGCCAUCUCUUCUGCUAGAAGAGUUUCUGAAUUAUCUGCUCUUUCUUGUGAGUCUCCUUUUCUGAUUUUUCAUCAGGAUAAGGCGGUGUUGCGAACUUCUUUUAAAUUUUUACCUAAGGUUGUGAAUUCUAACAACAUUAGUAGAGAAAUUGUGGUUCCUUCAUUGUGUCCUAAUCCUAAGAAUUCUAAGGAAAAGUCGUUGCAUUCUUUGGAUGUAGUUAGAGCUUUGAAAUAUUAUGUUGAAGCUACUAAGGAUUUCCGAAAGACUUCUAGUCUAUUUGUUAUCUUUUCCGGUUCUAGGAAAGGUCAGAAGGCUUCUGCCAUUUCUUUGGCAUCUUGGUUAAAAUCUUUGUUUCAUCAUGCCUAUGUCGAGUCAGGUAAAACUCCGCCUCAAAGGAUUACAGCUCAUUCUACUAGGUCAGUUUCUACUUCCUGGGCGUUUAGGAAUGAAGCUUCAGUUGAUCAGAUUUGCAAAGCAGCCACUUGGUCUUCUUUGCAUACUUUUACUAAAUUCUACCAUUUUGAUGUGUUUUCUUCUUCUGAAGCAGUUUUUGGUAGAAAAGUACUUCAGGCAGCUGUUUCAGUUUGAUUCUUCUGCUUAUAAUUUCAGUUUUUUUCAUUAUAAGAUUUAAACUUUAUUUUGGGUGUGGAUUUUUUUCAGCGGAAUUGGCUGUCUUUAUUUUAUCCCUCCCUCUCAAGUGACUCUUGCGUGGAAGAUCCACAUCUUGGGUAGUCAUUAUCCCAUACGUCACUAGCUCAUGGACUCUUGCUAAUUACAUGAAAGAAAACAUAAUUUAUGUAAGAACUUACCUGAUAAAUUCAUUUCUUUCAUAUUAGCAAGAGUCCAUGAGGCCCACCCUUUUUUGUGGUGGUUAUGAUUUUUUUUUUUUGUAUAAAGCACAAUUAUUCCAAUUCCUUAUUUUUUAUGCUUUCGCACUUUUUUCUUGUCACCCCACUUCUUGGCUAUACAUUAAACUGAAUUGUGGGUGUGGUGAGGGGUGUAUUUAUAGGCAUUUUGAGGUUUGGGAAACUUUGCCCCUCCUGGCAGGAAUGUAUAUCCCAUACGUCACUAGCUCAUGGACUCUUGCUAAUAUGAAAGAAAUGAAUUUAUCAGGUAAGUUCUUACAUAAAUUAUGUUUUUUGGGGUUGGCAGUUGCCUUCUACUAGGCAGAACUUCUUGUUGCUAAUAUAAAUAUACAUAUAUAUAAUGUGUGUUUGUGGGGUUUUUCUUCUAUGUUUGUACUUGGAUAACUUGAUCUAAAACAUUCAUGAACCUUUAAAAGGACAGUAUACUAUAAAAUUGUUUUUCCCUUAAUGUGUUGCCAAUUACUUUUUUUUUACCAGCUGCAGAGUAUAAAAUGUAUGAAAUUUACUUUUUUAAGGCUUAUUUGUGUAUAUGAAUUGGCUGAUUUUGUGUUUUGAAGCCACAAUCUAAAAAAAUGGGUUGAGCUUGUAGGUAUAAUCAGAUCUCAUUACUUUAUCACAUUGUGUACAUAUACCUGCUUAUUUAUCUUAUAUCUGUCCAUAAACCAAUCAUCAAUACUUGGAGAGAACAAUGGAAAUUAACAUUUUAUUACCUUAUCUCUUCUAUAACCCACUGGGAGUGUAAUUUCUUCUACUGGCUGUGUUAAUACAGAUUGGCCUUGUGGCCAAAAACUUUCAGGAUGGUUGGGGAUACCACAGGCUACAUAAACUAUUUCAAAUGCCAAAAUAAGGGUAAUGGAAAUACUAAUAAACAAUGUAAUACACUCCAGCAGGUAAAGUGGAUCAUUGGGAACAAUUUGAAGGGGAUACAUAUUUUGAGUAAACUGUCCCUUUAAGGUACAUGUCUUAUUCUCCUCCUCUUGUAUUUCAGAACUGAGUAAUAAUCGGAUAAACCAAAGAUCCAAAUGACAGCAUACAGCCUUAAAUCUGAUCUGAUCAUUUGUGGGAGGGUAAAGCAAAAAUAUUUUUUACUAAAGGAAUUACCCAACAGCAAGGAAUACUUGAUUUUAUUAUAUUAAAAAGACAGUCAAGUCUAAAACUUGAUUUAGACAGAGCAUGUCAUUUUAAUCAAUUUUCCAAUUUAGUUCUAUUAUCUAAUUUUAUUUGAUCUUUUGGUAUCCUUUUUUGAAGAGUAAGCAUAGGCAGGCGCAGGAACAGCAAUGCACUACAGAGAGAGAGAGAGAUUAAAAUAUUUGGUACAUUGCUGCUCCAAGCAUACCUAGGUAUGUUUUUAACAAUCCUAGAGAAUAAAGAUUAUUAAACACAUUUAGAUGAUACAAAUUAAUUGGAAAGAUGUUUAACAUUAUAUACUCUACUUGAAUCUUAAACCUUUAUUUUUUACUUUGCUUUUCUUUAAAAUGUUUGGUUAAUUCAUCUCUUUCUCAUAUAUAACAUGUGUAAACGCAAUUAAUUGCAUAGCAUUAGUUUAUUUUUUUAGCAAAAUAUGUUUGGUUUUUUUACAGGACAUAAAAAGGCCUUAAUUCUGUAAUUACAUAUCUUAACUACUUAAAACGGUACCACUAUACAUAGUGAUCCUUUAGUCAAAGUGUUAAGAGAACUAGAAUGUAUUUUAAUGACAUUAGAUUUGUGUUAAACAAGAAUGUGAAAAAUGCAAGAACAAAAUGUAUAGAUGUAAAUUGUUCUUACUGCUAUAUUAGUGUUUCUGCUAGACAUGGUUGUUUCUUGUUUGUGUAAUAAAUAAUAUUAUUUUAAAGCA